AUGGCCAUGGAAGCGCCAAAAAGCUCGGUCACCCUCGUCGAAGAGGUCGGACAACAAAGACCAUUGGACACUCACCAGGUGUAUCUUCAACAUCGAGAGUCUGCUUUCUUCCCGUCCGUGGACGGACUCGGUGACCAGAGCCACUCCGCUGAUCUAGCUCGUGAUCUAGCAUACUCCACAGAUGGCAGUGAUCUGGAGGACGACCCUGCGGAUUCCUUUGAUUUUCUCGCCCGCUUCACAACCAAUGACUCUGGAAUGAGCGACGCCUUUGACGUGGACAGUACCCUCGUGGCACAGGAUCCUUCUUCAGUCGGGGAAGACUCGUGGGAAGGUCUGUCUGACCGAUCUUCAUACCCUGUCAACGAGUCACGGAGCAUUCUCUUCGAACAGCACUCGAAGACAGCGAGAGAGCAGACUCGACAGAUCAACCUCGACUCUCUUGGUAUGGAAGAAUUCCAGCAUGUCACCGGUACCCCCGAUAUGGAAUUGUACCAAGAAGAAUUCUGUGUGUCGCCACCAUUCGAGAGAGACGAGUCAAAUCCCAGCCCUGUAGCACCACCGUCGGAUUCCUGGCACCGGAAACCGUCCUACUGCAGCGAGUCCAUCUCUUCUGGGACUCUGAGCAGUGCACUGGCGUUGAAAAGCCAUGAGAUUGUCGUUGCCAUCAAAGCCACAGCUCGGCUUCGUGGCUCGGCUGCUGCCACGUCGGCCAUGGGUGACUGGUCCUCGCUCAAGGAAAGUGCCUGCGUCCAUUUCUUCCAGCCGAGCAAUCUUCAACGCUAUCUGGAGUAUUACUGGGUGCUGUGGUACCCGAACUGGCCAACCAUCCAUAAACCGUCUUUCAAUGCUGCGACGUGCCCCUGUCGACUCCUCGCGCCCAUGGCCGUGAUCGGUGCGUCUUUAUCCCCGCAUCGCUCGGAUCGCGAAAACGCCAAAGUUUGGUUCGACAUGGUGGAGGAAAUGGUGUUCGCGGACGAGGCAACUUUCCCCCCAGGGAUGUCGGUGGCGAUGCCAUCCUGCCCUCCGGACCAGCUCGAGGCCAGACUGCACUCUCUCCAAGCCGCGUAUGCUGUGUGCCUCUUCCAAACCUGGGAAGGCCGAGAUACAACAGCCAAAGAGCGAAUCCGCCGACGACGCUUUGGCUCGUUGGUUUCAACGGCUCGCUGUCUCAUGAGACACGCCAAUCACGGUCAACUCGGGACGUACAGAUUCCAGGACUUUUCGUGGCAGACGUUCGUGCUCCGCGAACAACUGAUCCGCACCGUCAUGUACGUUUUUCUCCUCGACACGGCGUUCACCAUCUUCAACAAUCUGCCCCCGAGGAUGAUCAUUCGCGAGAUGACAAACGACCUGGCCUGUCCGGAACCUUGUUUCCAGGCGGCCACCUCCCAAGAGUGCUUCGAUCAGAUCCGGCAGUGGACCGCUCGCCCACGCCAUCCCGCAUGCACCUCGCUGUACGCCGCGAUCCGAUGCUUUCGGCAGAGGACCAUCGACCCGGCCACCCAGCGCGCCCUCGCCGAGACCGGCGUCCUCACUCUGUGGACGAUCGUCUCCGCCUUCCACAAUUACAUUUUCCACAUCGAUCCAGGCUUUGGGUCCGAAUCCCAAGUCGAAGCCAUGGAGAACGCCAUCGCAAACUGGCGAGUCAUAUGGAAACUCGGCCUGACGUUGGAUGGCUCGCGAGGCUCUCGCAAAUCCGCCACCACCAUUACCACCACCUCUCCGGAUUCGAACCAGACAGCUGGGUCCGGAUUGGAUUCGACCGAGUCCUGGAAGAGGACGGGCUUCAUGCGAAAGGCCCCAGAGUAUUGGCUGCUGGCACAGGUCAAACUCAAGAGGCUGUCGUCGGCCCAGAGAAGCCUCGAAGCCGCCGAAAGUCUGUCGGGCAUCAAUAGCUGGCUUUGCAAUGUUCCUGGGACGAUCCUGCCGAGAUACGACGAGACGAGCAUGGAGCAGCUCAGCGACUUUAUCAGUAGCUUUGGGGCCAUGAGGGUGUGA